UUUGUUUUUUUUAAAACCCACCUUUUCCCCCCCAAAAGUGUCCUGCCCGUCCCCAGCUGGGAUGCAGUUUCCACGACCACAGAGCCAGGGCGUUGAAGAGCUGCAAGUGGCAGCAAAAGCAGGUGUUUGGGAAGCAGUUGCCCGGGCAACAGAAACAGGGCGUUCCAGAGGUAGUUGCCAUGGGGACCUGGAUGCUGACGAAGGCUUGUGAGGCUGAGAAGACAAAUUGCCCUCAUCAUUAUCUCCAGGCUUGUCAAUCAAACCUAUUCCCUUAUUUACCUCGGAGAGGAGAGAGCACCAGGAGCAAGAAGAGACCAGGAGCACGAGAGGAGCGGCACUCGCACAAAACUCCAGGCCGGCGAGGGAGCCCCAGCCUCCAGGAUGGCAACCAUCACCUGCACCCGGUUCACCGAGGAAUACCAGCUCUUCGAAGAACUGGGCAAAGGUGCUUUCUCAAUUGUCCGGAGAUGUGUGAAGGUGCUGUCGGGACAGGAGUAUGCAGCCAAGAUCAUAAACACCAAGAAGCUGUCUGCCAGAGAUCACCAGAAGCUGGAGCGGGAGGCUCGCAUCUGCCGUCUUCUGAAGCAUCCUAACAUAGUGAGACUCCAUGACAGCAUAUCGGAGGAGGCGCACCACUACCUGAUAUUUGAUCUCGUCACAGGCGGGGAGCUGUUUGAGGACAUCGUGGCCAGAGAGUACUACAGUGAAGCGGAUGCCAGCCAUUGCAUUCAGCAGAUCCUGGAAGCCGUCCUGCAUUGUCACCAGAUGGGGGUGGUGCAUCGGGAUCUAAAGCCGGAGAACCUGCUGCUGGCAUCCAAGCUGAAGGGGGCUGCGGUCAAGCUCGCUGACUUUGGCCUCGCCAUUGAGGUAGAGGGUGAUCAGCAGGCCUGGUUUGGUUUUGCAGGCACCCCGGGGUACCUUUCCCCAGAAGUGCUCCGGAAGGACCCUUAUGGCAAGGCGGUGGACCUGUGGGCGUGUGGAGUCAUCCUCUACAUUCUCCUGGUUGGGUAUCCACCUUUUUGGGAUGAGGAUCAGCAUCGACUCUACCAGCAGAUCAAAGCUGGGGCCUACGAUUUCCCUUCGCCUGAGUGGGAUACAGUCACCCCAGAAGCAAAAGACCUCAUCAACAAGAUGCUGACAAUCAACCCCUCCAAGCGCAUCACGGCAGCCGAGGCUCUGAAGCACCCCUGGAUAUCGCACCGUGCCACCGUGGCAUCCUGCAUGCACAGACAGGAGACGGUGGACUGCCUGAAGAAAUUCAACGCCAGAAGGAAGCUGAAGGGAGCUAUUCUCACGACCAUGCUGGCGACCCGCAAUUUUUCUGGAGGGAAAAGCGGCGGCAACAAGAAGAACGAUGGCGUCAAGAAAAGAAAGUCCAGUUCCAGCGUUCAGUUAAUGGAGUCUUCGGAGAGCACCAACACCACCAUCGAAGAUGAAGACACCAAAGUAAGGAAGCAAGAGAUCAUCAAAGUGACGGAGCAGCUGAUCGAAGCAAUAAGCAACGGAGAUUUUGAGUCCUACACGAAGAUGUGCGACCCCGGGAUGACUGCCUUUGAGCCGGAGGCGCUAGGAAACCUGGUGGAAGGGCUGGAAUUCCAUCGAUUCUACUUUGAGAACCUGUGGUCCAGGAACAGCAAGCCGGUGCACACCACCAUCCUGAACCCGCACAUCCACCUGAUGGGCGACGAGUCCGCCUGCAUCGCCUACAUCCGCAUCACGCAGUACGUGGACGCCGGCGGCAUCCCGCGCACGGCCCAGUCCGAGGAGACCCGUAUCUGGCACCGCCGCGAUGGCAAAUGGCAAAUCGUUCACUUCCACAGAUCUGGAGCGCCUUCCGUCCUACCGCACUGAAGCGCUGGCCACCUGAGCUGGGUUUAUCACUGCCUCGUUGCAAAGGGGAGACCCCCCCCUUCUCUUCACCUAUGGACUUGGCUGUUGGUUCUACCGCGUGGUUUUGCUGGAAUCCCUCUCUCACCCCCCUGCCCCAUCCCAGGCUCCUCACCAAAAACACCGCCGUGAGCACGCAUGGGACACACGCCCCUUCCCCCCCGCACGGCCCUCUGGCAGUUCUCGGGCAAAGCCUGUGCAUGGACCCGGCUUCCUUUGCUUGAAACAAUCCUCUGCAAGAAGAAUAGCGAACGGGAAACGAUCGACCAAGUGGCCGGCAAUACGGAGCGGGUCUGGGUAAAGGCUUCCACCCACCUCCCCGCAGGAUUCCCCCCUCCUCACCACGUUUCUCCUAGGACGGGACAGGACUCACCCCGGCUUCGCUCCCGUCUCUGCCCAGGAGCCUCCAGGGACGGGGGCAACCGAGAGAUGCGGGUGGGAGCUUCAAGCGGCUUGCUCUGUGCCAGCAGAGGUCUGGGGUCACCGUCUCUCCGCGCCGGUGGCUUUUGUCCACGUGAGGUCCAGGUACCUGAUCUGAUGCUACAAAUGUGCUGCUCCCCCUCCAGGACUCUGCCUCUCAACUCCUAAGUUUCUUUGUCACGCCAGCGGCUGAAGGACAUCAGCUUAAACCGGUGCCAAAUCCAACUCCCUCCCUUUCCCCCCUCCAACCCUCACCCCGCAACCUGCCUAGGGCAAGGAGGGUUUUCUUUUGAUGGGUGAGCAGAAUAUAGCCUUUAUUCUCUCUUCCUAGAAGCAGUCGGUGGGUAGCCCUGGCCCAGCCAAUCCGCCCACUGAUUUGGGCGUCCAAAGUUUCCCCUUUCUUCCGCUGGAGGGGGGACUAGAGAUGUUGAAAGAGCAAAGAAGACACCCCUUUUGAAUACUUGAUCAGCACAGCGAGGUACCUGAGCACCACCGGAGCGGGGGACCCGGGGCUCUGAGCACAGGGCAGGUAUUGCCACAGCCCCGGGUUUGGUGCGGUAGACGGCUUUUCUUCCACGCAUGUUAUUAUCCACUCCCGACUCCAUGACGGGUUUGCCUCCUAGCACGAGAUGGUCACUGCCAUCCUCCGGCAGAUUUGAGGUGGUCUCCUUUACCCCUGGCCGACUUCAAACCCCACUCCCCAGACCUGCUGUUGAAUGUAUGCCUUUGUCCCUUGCACAGAGCUCCUCCGAGCUUCCCCUCCGAGCCUUGGUUUUCCUCUUCAUGUCGAAGACCUCCACGAACCUCCAAGCCAAGACCCUUCCUUUAAAAGAGCUUCAGUGCCAAGGCCAGUGCCAAGGAAACAGAGCUGGCCAUUGAUUCGAGACGUGAAAAAAAAACAAACCCAACCACACGACACCUUCCAGCAAAGAUGGAGAAUGCAAGCUUUAGUAAUAAAACUUUGGGGAAUCUGAUCAUGCUUUCAAGAAACAAAGGAGCCUUUAGCUAUCUCUUCUACUUUGAGCGCAUGCCUUUUUAUAGGGGGGGAAGGGGAAUAACAAACCUACCGUGUAUUUCGUAAAUUGAUUUGGAGUAUUUGCUGAAAUGGAUCUUUAUGUAAUAACUAGAAAUAUCAAAUGUUUCGGG